AUGGAUUACCUGUCGUACCUUCCUGGGUUCCCAUCUCUUUCUCUCUCUUUCUCAAAGCUCUCUCUCUCUCUCUCUCUCUUCAAGCUUCAAAAGUCUCAAUCCACCCCGGACGUAUCUUCAUCUUUUGAGCCUCCAGCUGAGUUCUCGCCCAUUGAACACGAAUUUGAAGAUCCUCUUGCGCAAGUGGCAAAGGAAACGAAAAAACAACAACCGUUCACCACUUGUGUGGACGUACGAAACUCCCUAGAGCACCUUCGUCAAGCCCUUGAGCAAGACGAAACUUGCGAUCAGUACCUCGUUUUCACAUCUGUCCCUCGCAAAUUCUGUCGAUUCUCUUAUAACGCCAAAACGCAGGUCUUGGUUACGAUCAGCAUCAGACGCCAAAUUCUUGAGAUCUUCUUACAACGAUGGGAAGUUGUUACUCAAGGACCCGUCCUGGCGAGAUCAUCCCCUUGUUAA